GGUGGAGGAGGAGGGCUGCCUUGAGGAAGUACAAGAAUGAAGUUGUGGAGCUGAGAGUCCCCUGCGUCGUACCCCGAGAGCCAAGCAGAGCCCCGAGGCAAGCCGCCCGGCCCCUUCGCAGCCCGGUGCAGCCCGGGCCAUGGGGCCGGAGCCGCAGUGAGCACCAUGGAGCUGGCGGCCUGGUGCCGCUGGGGGCUCCUCCUCGCCCUCCUGCCCUCCGGAGCCGCGGGCACCCAAGUGUGUACCGGCACAGACAUGAAGCUGCGGCUCCCAGCCAGUCCCGAGACGCACCUGGAUAUGCUCCGUCACCUCUACCAGGCCUGUCAAGUGGUGCAGGGUAACCUGGAGCUCACCUACCUGCCUGCCAAUGCCAGCCUGUCCUUCCUGCAGGAUAUCCAGGAGGUGCAGGGCUACGUGCUCAUUGCUCACAGCCAAGUGAGACAGGUCCCGCUGCAGAGGCUCCGAAUCGUGCGAGGCACCCAGCUCUUUGAGGACAACUACGCCCUGGCCGUGCUGGACAAUGGAGAGCCGCCCGAGGGGGGCGCCUCUGAGGCAGGGGCUGCCCCAGGAGGGCUGCGGGAGCUGCAGCUUCGAAGCCUCACAGAGAUCCUGAAGGGAGGGGUCUUGAUUCAGCGGAACCCACAGCUCUGCCACCAGGACACGAUUUUGUGGAAGGACAUCUUCCACAAGAACAACCAGCUUGCGCUCAUGCUGAUAGACACCAACCGCUCUCGGGCCUGCCCACCGUGUUCUCCAGCUUGUAAAGACCCCCACUGCUGGGGAGCAAGUUCCGGGGACUGUCAGAGCUUGACGCGAACGGUCUGUGCUGGAGGCUGUGCCCGCUGCAAGGGCCCGAAGCCCACUGACUGCUGCCACGAGCAGUGUGCAGCGGGUUGCACAGGCCCCAAGCACUCGGACUGCCUGGCCUGCCUUCACUUCAACCACAGUGGCAUCUGUGAGCUGCACUGCCCAGCCCUGGUCACCUACAACACGGACACCUUCGAAUCCAUGCCCAACCCCGAGGGCCGAUACACCUUUGGGGCCAGCUGUGUGACCGCCUGUCCAUGUGAGUGCCAGGGAGGCGAGCAGGGGCAGCUGAGAGCAGCCGCUGAGAGCCCAGGCUCAGGAACCAGGAGGCCUGGGCUUGAAACCUGGCUCCCCCAUUUUCUAGUCAUGUGACCUGCCUGCUGUGUCUUCAUGUUCUCAUCUGUAAAAUGGGGGCACCUCAUAAGGUGGUUAUAAUGUUUGAAUGAGUUCUUUUUU